ACCGGUUAAACGCUUUCCUUCAAACGCCAAUUGAGAAAUCAAAUACCGGUUGUAUUCGAAAAAGUCCAAAUUAAUUUCAUUUGAUAAUUUAUUUUUCAAUAAAAUGGCUGGUAAACGAUCAGUUUCAACUAAAAAGGCCGAAAAUGCCGUAGACAGCGACGUCGAGAACCACAAAGAAAGUUUGAAGAAAAAGCUCGGCAAAACUAACCCUAAACCAGAUGACGAGUUCGACUCGGAGGAAGAUGUCGAAUCUGGAGGUGAAAGAAACAAUGGCAAAGGAAAAAACAAUACUAAUGAUUUAAGCAGUGAAGAAGAAUACUCAGACGAUUCUGUAAAGAAAUCUCCUAAGAAAAAUGCUGUUUCCAAAUCAGAAGAUGAAGAAGAUUCUGCUGCCGAAAGCAAAGACAAGAAAAAAUCAAAGAAACAAGAAUCUUCAAAAUCGUCUGCCGGUGAUGACUCUAAUAAAAAAUCAGAAUCUAAGAAAGCAAAAGCGCAAGAAAAGUCCGAGGAUGAAGACUCUGAAGCUGAGAGCACUGACAAAAAGAAAUCUAAGAAGCAAGAAUCGAAUGAUAAAGCAGAAUCAAAGAAAAAGAAGGAUCAAGCUGUGAAAUCAGAAGAAGAAGAAGAUUCAGAAGUUGAGCUGAAGGAGAAAAAAUCUAAAAAGCCAGCAGCAAAAAAACCAGCAAGUGAAAAGAAAACAGAGAGACGUGGACGGCCAAAGAAGCAAGCAACCAGCUAUGCAGAAAACUCAGAUUCUGAAAAAGAAGAGAAGAAAGGACGCAAAGCAAAAUCUGAAGAUGAAGAUUUUAUGGCUGAAAGUGAUGACAGUCAGAAAAAAAAGAAAUCGGCAACUCCAUCAAGGCGACAAAAGGCUGCUCCUAAAUAUACUGAGGAUUCAGAUUCUGAGGAGGAAGAAAAGAACAAGUCUGAUGCUGAAAGUGAUGAGGAUUUCCAGGUGGAGAAAGAAAAGAGUCCUAAAAAGGAAAGGCGUGGUCGUCCUAAGGGUUCUGUCAAGAAAGGUGCAAAAGCAAAGCCUGCAAAGAAGAGUAAAGGAGAGCCCACACGCCGAGGAGGACGUGCCCGUAAGGCUGCUCCCAAGUAUACAGAAGAUUCUGAAUCUGAAGAGGACAUAAAAUCUGUGCACGAUUCUGAUAGUGAGAGUAGCUUGGAAAAUAAGAAGAAACGCGGACGUAAAGCCAAGGAAACAAAGAAACCUAAAGCUGCAGUGAAAUCUUCUCCCCGAAAGCAGACAAAAAAAAGUUAUGCAGAGAGUGAUGAUUCUGACAAAGAACCGGAAACUGUAGACCUUUCUGAAUCUGAGGACGAAGAAGAAGAAAAGAGCAAGGCGCGUGGCAAAAAGAAGGUUUCAAAAGAGCCUGCCAACGAUGAAGGGAAACGAAAAAAGGCAGUUAAAAAGAACAAAGAUUCUGAAUCUGAGGAGGACGAGGACGCAAAGUUGCCUCCCAAGAAAAAGAGUCGUCCUAGCAAAGAAGAGUCUGAGGAAGAAGAUAUGGAAGAGGAAAAGGAUGACAAGUCCAAGGAUUUGAGAAUUGUGCUGGAGCAUUGCAAGUCGUGACGUGUUUAUGGAAAGAAUGCUGCUGAUCUCCAAGUAGCUGUCAAGCGCGUCUUCGGAGACGUCUCUUUUUCUAUCAAUCCAGAGAAACCCCGCAGGGGCAGCUUUGAUUGUACGUUAGUGAAAAGAGACGGGACUGAAGUCGUCUUGUGGUCUGGACUGGAGAAAGGUCCCCCGCGAAAACUGAAGUUCCCUGAUCAUCAGUACAUUGUUGAAAAAAUUCAGAAAGAACUUGGAUCAUUGUACAUCUUAAAUAAUAAUUAAACAUGGCAUGUGAACAUCUGUAAGACUGGUAAAGACUUAAAAAUUUUGUUUUGAUUUUGCCAUUUCUCUUUGCAUUCUCUCAUGCUUUUCUAUGUUCUUUAUGCUGUUUUUCUAAUUUCUGAGGUGAGCAUUUCAAAAGCCAAAGCUUUUUGCAUAAUUUUUCCUUUUAUUCAAUACUAGAUAAAUUUCGAAAGUCACCAUUAAACCUUUAUCGAACCAUAUCCAAAUUUUGCUUAGAUGUGAAACUUAGAGAAAAUUUUUUUAUAUUUAUUUUGCAUCUUAUGAGAAUAUUUCAGUAUCAGAUUUCCUACUAAUUGCAUUGCUUUGGUAUUUUUUAAAGUGCUUCUCUUUAACUGUCAGUUUCUGAUGUAACAUCCUGUAUAUUCAUUUUUGAAUGCAUUUCAAAGUCAUUGUCAUUCAUAAAAUAAAUCACUCAUGUCAUUCUUUAAGAAGUUUUGUGUCUCUGCACAAUUCAUCUUCUAUGGCAGUUUAUGGCUAUUUUAAUUUAGAAAUGUUUAUGAUUACUUUAGACUGCAUAUUAAUAGUUUCAGUUAACUCUUACUUAAACUUUUACCAUAUGCUAGAAGCAGUAACUCUACUUGAAUUAUUUUAAUAAUUUGCUUAUCUUAAGUUACAAACAAGUAAGUAAAAGGUAUUUAAAAGCAUUUAAGUCUGGUAAUUAAAGGGUCACACAAUAGGAUACUAUUCCAACUGUUCUAUUUCAGUGGCAUUUGUCAGUUUUGUUCUCUGUAAAAGUCAUAAGUCAUGAUAUUUGAUACAAGUUUGAGGUGCUGCAUUAAUUUUCAAGGGACACUGCUUGGGGGAAUAGUUCCUUUUUUUAGCUGACAAGAAAAAAGUUCUGCUUUAAAUUAGAGACAUACUGAGUAGCACGUUGGCCGAGUACCGAGUUCCAAUUAUGUUUUAAGAAGAACCACCUAGACACACGUGAUGAAUUUCGAACUUAUUGGAAUAGUAGUAUAGACCUCCAUGUCCAUAAAAUAGUUUUUAAAACAAAAUUCCAACUAAAAUUUAAUUACGAAUUAUGUAAAUAAGAAUUUUUGUUUGUGUCAAAAGUUUUACAUAAAGGUAAUUUUCAAAAUUAAAAAUAAACAAAUAAAUAAGUAUGAUUAAUCAAGUUGGAAUCAAAAAAAAAUUAUCUAUUUUAGUUCUAGUCUGGGGUGUGCACAGAAAUGUUGGGGCCCGUCACAAAUGACUUUUACGGGGCCCCCUCCAUAUUGUUUACCUCUAAAUUUCAUGCCUAAUUAAAAAAAAUAUUGGGUGGCCAUAUUUUUUACACUGCUCCAUUUUUAAUAAGUUUUAUUAACUUAGCGGACAUUGAAAAGAUUUACUCCAUUGAAGCAUAGCAAACUUCAUUUUUCUCAAAAUUUAAAUUUGAAUUUUAAAUGAUUGCAAUAUAUUUUAUGGUUGCACUCCUUUAUUAAUCUAAAAUCUGCCUUAACAAUAUUCCAUAUUUUACAACUACUCAGUAUUGGCCGAGUAUUUGAUCAAAAUUUGGUCGAGUACCAAGUAGUUACUGAGUACUUGGCACGUCUCUACUUUAAAUUAAUAGAUUUUUUUUAUUAGUACCUGAAAGUCAGAAUUUUGCACUGCAUCAUGUUUUUUCAUUCUGUAUUAUGCAAAUUGUAAUUAAUCAUUACCAUUACAAUCAAAACCAAUUAGUAUUGCUUUAAUUGGCAAUCCACCUCAACAUGUGUAUAUAAAUUUUUGUAUGUGCUCAUACAUCAUGAAACUUUGAUAUAUUAUUCUGCCGUUUUCUUUUUUCCAUGUUCAGUUUUGCACCUCAUUUCUACCUUUGUCCAAUAGCGAAUGAUUGGAAAGGGAUAAAUGUGUGCUCUUUCCUUGAUGUAAUUCAUUGAUCAGUGUGUAGUGUUGAUGCUUGUUGCACAUGGAAAAGUAAACUUGUGUUGUUUUAAA